AUGAAGGAUCGACUUGCUGAAUUGGCCGCUAACACCACGCAGAUAGACGAGGAGGCGGUCGCGGUGGACAGAGAUGGAUUCAUGGAGAGCUUUUUCAGACGGGUGGAGGAGGUUAGAGGGCUUAUUGAUAAAAUUUCCUGUCAAGUGGAAGAGGUGAGGAUCAUCCACAGCACCAUCUUAUCUGCUCCCAAUCCAGAUGACAGGACAAAGGACCAUUUGGCUGCACUGACCAAUGACAUCAAAGGCAACGCAAACAUUGUCCGAACAAAACUCAAAAUUAUGGAGCAAAGUAUGCCCAAAGAUGAUGGCGCAAACAGGUCCUCUGUUGAUUUCAGAAUCCAAAAGACACAGCACACGGUUCUGUCCAGAAAGUUUGUGGAGGUGAUGACCCAGUACAACGAGACACAGGUAUCCUUCAGGGAGCGGAGCAAAGGAAGGAUACAGAGGCAGCUGGAGAUAACUGGGAGAGUGACCACCAAUGAAGAACUGGAGGAGAUGUUGGAAAGUGGAAAUCCAACAAUAUUCACAUCAGAUAUCAUCAUGGAUUUACAAUUAACUCACGAGGCCUUAAAUGAAAUCGAAUCCCGACAUCAGGACAUAAUGCGAUUGGAGACAAGCAUCAGAGAGCUUCACACUAUGUUUAUGGACAUGGCCAUGCUUGUAGAGACUCAAGGGGAGAUGGUGAAUAUUAUUGAAAGGAAUGUUGCCAAUGCAGCGGAAUACAUUUGUAGUGCAAAAGAGGAGACGAAAAAAGCUGUGAGAUAUCAGAAGAGGUCCAGGAGGAAAAUGAUCAUCCUUGCAUUUGUCCUAUUGAUCCUGAUUGCCAUUGUUGCUCUAAUUGUCGGUCUUUCUGUUGGUCUGACCAAGCCCCCUGAAUAA